UCGCUGUUGCAGCUACUUAUGCCGUCGGUGCCCGGGCUGCCUCCAGCAGAGAGCAGUGCGUGGUUUGAUGUGAGCGCCACCGACCUGUCUCUACUUCCAGAUCGAAGAUGGCGGUCUCGGUGUUCCCCGGCGUGCGGCUCCUCUCCAUCGGAGACGCGAAUGGAGACAUACAGCGACACUCGGAGCAGCAGCCCCUGCGGUUAGAAGUGAAAAGCACACAAGACGCUGCCCUCAUCAAUCUCUCCAAUGGAGAGGAGGCGAGUGUGUUCAAGUGUUCGGUUUCCAGGGAAACAGAGUGCAGCCGCGUGGGGAAGCAGUCAUUCAUCAUCACACUGGGCUGCAACAGCGUCCUGCUGCAGUUCUCCUCACCUGCAGACUUUCAAUCCUUUUAUAACGUCCUGAAGAACAGUCGUGGGCACAAUGGCGAGCGCUCGGUCUUCAGUGACAGAACAGAGGAGUCCUCUGCUGUACAGUACUUCCAGUUUUAUGGCUACCUCUCCCAGCAACAGAACAUGAUGCAGGACUACGUCCGGACAGGAACUUACCAGCGGGCUAUUCUCCAGAAUCACACUGACUUCAAGGAUAAGGUGGUGCUGGAUGUCGGUUGUGGCUCGGGGAUCCUCUCUUUCUUUGCAGCCCAAGCUGGAGCCAGGAAGGUUUACGCUGUGGAGGCCAGCACCAUGGCACAGCAUGCCGAGGUGCUGGUGAACAGUAACCGUCUAGGGGAGCGCGUGGUCGUCAUCCCGGGGAAGGUGGAGGAGGUGUCGCUGCCUGAGCAGGUUGACAUCAUCAUCUCGGAGCCCAUGGGCUACAUGCUGUUCAAUGAGCGCAUGCUGGAGAGCUACCUGCAUGCCAAGAAGUUCCUCAAACCCAAUGGCAAAAUGUUCCCGACUAUCGGCGACGUCCACCUGGCACCCUUCACAGACGAGCAGCUCUACAUGGAGCAGUUCACCAAGGCCAACUUCUGGUACCAGCCCUCCUUUCACGGUGUAGACCUCUCCGCCCUGCGGGGGGCAGCAGUGGACGAGUAUUUCCGUCAGCCAAUUGUGGACACAUUUGAUAUCCGUAUUCUUAUGGCCAAGUCAGUCAAACACACAGUCAACUUCCUGGAGACCAAAGAGGAGGAUCUGUACAGGAUAGAGAUUCCCUUUAAGUUCCACAUGAUGCACUCGGGUCUGGUGCACGGCUUGGCUUUCUGGUUUGACGUGGCGUUCAUGGGAUCAGUGAUGACAGUAUGGCUGUCCACAGCACCCACAGAGCCUCUCACCCACUGGUACCAGGUGCGCUGUCUGCUGCAGUCUCCCCUCUUCACCAAGGCUGGGGAUACGCUCUCCGGCACUGCCCUGCUGGUGGCCAACAAGAGACAAAGCUACGACAUCAGUAUUGUUGCCCAGGUGGAUCAGACAGGAUCAAAGUCCAGCAAUCUCCUGGACUUGAAGAACCCCUUUUUCAGGUACACAGGCUCCACCCCAAACCCCCCUCCUGGCUCACACUACACGUCCCCAUCCGAGAACAUGUGGAACACGGGUUCGGCCUACAGCAUGAGUCAGGGGAUGGCUGUAUCAGGGAUGCCUGCAGCUUAUGACCUCAGUACAGUCAUCGGCAGCGGCCCGUCAGUGUCUCACAACAACCUCAUCCCCUUGGUGAACACGGGAAUUGUAAACCAUACCCACUCCAGGAUGGGCUCCAUCAUGAGCACAGGAAUUGUCCAGGGAGCCACUACGGGCCAGUCAGGCCCCAGCAGCAGCGGUACUUACUAUCCCGUCACCAACCAGUUCACCAUGGGGGGCGCUGCCAUCUCCAUGGCCUCACCUAUGGUCAUCCCCAGCAACACCAUGCAUUACGGCAGUUAAGACGAUGUCCUGGCAAAGACCUCUUCGUCCUCCCCGCCCCCGCAUGACAAGAGAUCCCCGACCCCUCCUCAGUCCGCCCCCCCGCCCUUCAACCCUGACUGACCUACCAACCGCAGCCAAAACCAAUAUACCAAAACCAGUGCCGUGCCGGCACUUCCUCCACUUGUCCGUCACCCUCAUUCUACUCUGUUCAGUGGUCACUAUAUGAACGGUUGAACCCUCUCAUAUCCGUCCAGACUGUCUUGCUAACAGACGAAACCUCCCGUUCACCCCUUCAUCGGAUCCGGUGGGAUUGUAACUCCGUGCACAGCCGAGGUGCACUGCAGUCUAUCAUCUUGUCCCCUUCCUGGGUCCCUCACCCCUCCUCCCUCAACAUGUAUCUCAAUCCCUCCUCUUCCCUUCUUUUCUUUUUAUUUUUUUAUUUUUUAAACAAUGUGUCAUGAUGACCCUAAACGUGUUUCAAACCCUCCUUUCCCUACGAAUCAGCUCGUUGCCAGAUAGCAGCAUCAGUCCAUUUCUUACAAUUGUCCGUGUACGUAAACUGAAGCUUUUCAUUAGUGCAGUAGGACACUUUUAUCAACUCAACUCUGGGCUUUUCAUAUCUCAUGCAAUCUUAAAGGCCUCUCUGCACUGCCAGGCAAAACAAUUCCUUCAAAUCACAAAACAAAAUAUUUUCCCCACAUACUUAUAGUCAGUCUACUUAUGCAGAUAGUUUUGGUUUUAGGCAGAUAUAUCAGAAAACUAAAGCAGUCUCCAUACGUAAGGACCCUAAAGGAGUAUUUGGAAAAUGUGUAUUUUUAUUUUUUUUUGUGACUUGGACAAACUGACUCUUGUCAUUAUCUAAUGUGUAGUUCUAGUCAAAAAGCGUUGGUGUAGAUGCCUUCCACUAAGACCCGCCUAAACGUCAGGUUUUGGGAGAACGGCACGCUGGUCACCUUCCAUGCUGAGUAAUGAAAUAAAUAGGCACCGUAAUCAUCCGUGUGUCUGCUGUAGAUUGUCGGCUCCAGUCCUCUGGCUCACUCAGCAUACACUACAUUUACUGGAAGUGGUCAAAUGAUAAUUGGCCUUAUGAUAACACAUGGUGAUACACUGUUGCGUAAAGGAAUGGUUCUGAUGUUUGUACUGUGUUUUUAAAGCUGCAUGAAUUGAUAUUUGGGUGCGGGAGAACAACCUACAAACAGAACUGAUACAUCACCUUAGAACGAUAUAUAUAGAUUUCUACCAUAAGGAGCAGUAUUCUGAUCACCAGACAAAUGCAAGUCCAGUCUUUCCUUUUUGACGUCUGUCUCAAUGUCCAAAAAAUAUCUGUCUCUUUAGCUGCUAAAUGCUCCCACCAGCCAGUCAUUUCCAUCUGCUGUUUGUUGCUGGGCAUGUAGGUGUGCAGUGGGUUUAUCAGAACCUUUUCACUGACAACAUCCACAACCUGCAGCGUGCUGGUGCUGAAAACAAGGCUGAUAAAGGCGCUGAGAGAAUUAAAAUAUUCAAUUUGUGGGCUAAGAAAACCAAAACACUGAGCUGAAAGAUGCUAAAAAGCUACACAGAGCUGAGGGGGAACUGCAGAGUUGGGUGCCGCUGUGGGUUCAUCACGACGGGUGACAACUUUCACAUUACGCAUCGUUACUAUAAAAAAUAUUGAUAAGUGCAGCUUUAAAUAUAUUUGUACAUCAAACCCGCAUCUGCAGUGUGGUUAGCCUAGCUUAGCUCGACAGUCAGAAGCAGGCAAAACCUGCUGCCCUACUUUUUAAAAUUUAAAAUAUACACCUCCCAAAAACUCCAAGGCUGUCUUUGUUAAACUUUAUAUAUUACUUAUUUAAUAUGUAAAAGAAAACCGUUAAAACAAGACGCCAUCGGGUCAGUAUGCCGGAGGCGUCUUUUGACUAACAACAGCUGGGUGCCAUGUCUGCGCGCAGCAUCUCGAAAGUCCUGUCCUCAUAGUGGGGUUGCCAGGUUUGAGCACUGUCCAAAGGAAACAAAAAGCCAGGUGACUCUUUUAAUCUUCUCUUACAACCAAUUAAUAAAAGUAGUUAUUGGAAGGUGUAUUUUUUUUGUCUUGCUUAACAUGUCGUCUCGCCACCAAGUUAUAACUGUACUAGACUAGAAAGUCAAAUUUAAUAGCUGUAGUUUGAAUGGAGCUGCUACAGGUGAUCUUUGAAGCCUUGGAAUGCUUCAACCGUGUCAUACGUUGUGCCGUAUGAUCACGUCUUAAAGGGAAAAGUGUUUAUAGUUCUGAAUGGCUACAUCUGUUGUAGUGUUCUUGUGGCUGCAUCCCACUGAUCUGUGUGUUUGUAGUCUCAAGAUGAUGAAUUGUAAAAUUUUAGUCACAUUAAAAGCGUUCUUGGUGUUGCACACAAAAUGUGAUGGUAGUAUUUGUGAAUAAUAAUUAAAAAAAAGCUCGUUAGAGAAGUUUAACCCUUCACACAUAAUUAAAUAAAUUGCCGUUUCGAGUAGGCGUGCUAGUUGGAGUUUUUUCAGAAAGUUGCCAGAUCUGACAAGCACAGCGUACGCGCACCGUUGAGUGUUAGUCAAUCUCAUCAGACUCCAAUCUUUUAGAGAUUUUAGGGAUGACGUUGGUGUGUUCUUGAUACCCAACACAGAAGGUGACCAAUGGGCCCAUCUGCCAAAAACUUUCUUUGUUAAAGCUUAGUCCUGUAAACCUGAAACACCGUCUGCCGUUCCCAUCGCCCACUCUCUUCACCCAGUACCCACUUCUUCUUUUUUUUUUUAGCUGAAAGGACAUUGCAGCAGCUCCUCCCUCGCCAGUCAUUUGUUGAACCAAAUUGCUCCACCACAGUUUGAAAGGAGGAACAUUUCGAGAACACACCAGUAAGGACCAAUGACCCAGGUGGCAGCCAGCUGGCUGCUGGAAUGAGAUAAGUUUUGCUGUAUUGGCAGCAUCCUAGUUUACAUCCUCGCUUCCUUCUCCCCCUGCUUCUCCUCCCAACCUCCUUUGAGACUGAGAGACUGUCGCAGAGAGACUUCAGUGUCGAGGCAUGGGAGACAGGGCCACCUCCCGCCUCGUCUGUUCACUAGGUAUGACCUCCAACAUAUCAUGCCCCCCGACACACACGAUGCCCUCGUCCCCCUCCUCGUCCCCCUUUUAUCAGUCAAGGAGAGAAAGACUGACACGCGUAUGCAUUGCUUCCAGUGUCACAAAUAUUGGACUCAGUUCAUUUGGAAUUUAUGAGUUAGCAAGUUUUAAGAGCACUAAGGAAAAAAUGUCUCUUUGUAGGAUUAACCCUUUUGUUGUCAUUUUUUGUUUGUUUUGUUUGUUUUUUUCUUUCACAAAAAACAACAAAUGAAAAAAAGAGAGCAAAUUAAAUGUGGUGGAGAUGUUCCAAAACCAUCCUGGAAUCAGGUGUUGUAGUACUUAAUUUGUUCCCUUCUAGUUUGUUAAAUAGACUGUGGACACACCAGAUGUUUACCAUGUGGUAGCAAGCCUAUAGCGAUCAUGUCCCUUUUUUGUCAUAGAAUCAUUGCUCUGUGUAGUCAAUAGUGCCCUGCACCUUUUAUCAUGGAAAAGUGUAUGAGGAGGACUGUGUCAUGUUUGACUGUGUCAUUUCUGUGUGUUGACCAACGAGUAAUAACACCUUUCUCACUGGCUGA